CACGGGCAGCAGCGUGACCGAGACCCGCUCAGGGAAGAAAUAAGAAAAAGAAAACUUUUUGGGGAGUGCUGACUGACGAGCUGCUAGUUUCUAAAGAAGGGAAUGAGUCUCAUUUCACUUGAAGUUGUUUGCACCAUAACCGGUUUUGAGGAGGCGGUGAGGCGCGGCGGCGGAUAGCAGCAGCAGCAGCAGCGCCAAACUCACAAUGCGCCCUGAGUGAGUAGAGGCAGGGAGACAAUACAGAGGCACACUGAGGAGCUGCAAUCUCUCAUCUAGGGCUCUCAUUUUCUCUCCAAAGCCGCCUCCGGAGUGGCAUUUUCCUUCCAUCAGCGGCAGAUUUAUUGAUGAACUGAGAGAAAAUUGACUUGACUACAAGCGCAAGUGUUUUAAUCUCCAACACUCAGCCAUGACGUCUCCAGCGAAAUUCCGAAAGGACAAGGAGAUCGUGGCCGAAUAUGAAACUCAAGUUAAAGAGAUCCGUGCCCAGCUGGUGGAGCAGCUCAAGUGUCUGGACCAGCAAUGUGAGCUGAGGGUGCAGCUGCUUCAAGACUUGCAGGACUUCUUCAGAAAGAAGGCCGAAAUCGAAAUGGACUACAGCCGCAACCUGGAGAAGCUGGCUGAGAGGUUUCUUACAAAGACACGCAGCACCAAGGAUCAUCUACUCAAGAAGGAGCAGAGCAUUUUAUCUCCGGUGAACUGCUGGAACCUGCUGCUGCUUCAGGUGAAGAGGGAGAGCCGCGACCACGCCACUCUGUCCGACCUCUACCUCAACAACAUCAUUCCCCGGUUUGCACAGAUCAGCGAGGAUUCAGGACGCCUCUUCAAGAAGAGCAAAGAGGUCGGCGUGCAGCUGCAGGAGGACCUGAUGAAAGUUCUUAAUGAGCUUUACACGGUGAUGAAGACAUACCACAUGUACAACACCGACAGCAUCAAUGCCGAGUCCAAGCUGAAGGAGGCAGAGAAGCAGGAGGAGAAGCAGAUGGGACGCUCGAGUCGACAGGAUGACCGUCAGACACCGCGCUCCCCCGACACAUUGGCCAGCAUUAAGACGGACGAGAAACCUGUCCGACGCUCCAGUGUCAAAAAAAUCGAGAAGAUGAAGGAGAAGAGACAAGCUAAAUACACAGAGAACAAGCUGAAGGCCAUCAAGGCCAGGAAUGAAUACCUGCUAGCUCUGGAGGCUACCAACGGCUGUGUCUUCAAAUAUUACAUCCAUGACCUCUCUGACAUCAUUGAUUGCUGUGACCUGGGCUACCAUGCCAGCCUGCAUCGUGCCCUGAGGACCUACUUAUCUGCAGAACAGAAUGUAGAGACGUCCAAACACACCGGACUAGAGACAUUGGAAGGAGCCGCCGAGAGUUUGGAGGCCAACGGUGACAAACAGAAACUGAUGGAGACCUACAACAACGUCUUCUGCCCUCCGGCUCGUUUUGACUUCCAGUCCCACAUGGGAGACACGAUGGGUGUGGUGUGUGCACAGCAGCCAGUGGAAGGCGAGCUUCUCCAGAGGUGUCAGCAGCUGCAGUCCCGCCUCUCCACACUUAAGAUUGAGAAUGAAGAGGUGAAGAAGACUAUGGAGGCCACUCUGUCCACCAUUCAAGACAUGGUGACGGUGGAGGACUAUGACGUGUCUGAGUGCUUCCACCACAGCAACAGCAUGGAGUCAGUCAAGUCCACUUUCAGUGAAUCCUAUCUCAGCAAACCCAGCCUGGCCAAAAGACGGGCCAAUCAGCAGGAGACGGAGCAAUUUUACUUCACAAAGCUGAAGGAGUUUCUGGAAGGCAGGAACCUGAUCACCAAGCUGGAGGCUAAGCACGACCUCAUCGAGAAGACCCUUGGAGAGAGUCAGAAGACUGACUGUUGCCUUGCCAGUGGACGGAGAAACUCCACAGUACGGAAGCAGGAGUCGGGUGAAGCCAUUCCUUUAAUGGUCGAGAGCUGCAUCCGCUUCAUCAGUCGCCAUGGUCUGCAGCAUGAGGGCAUUUUCAGAGUGUCAGGCUCUCAGGUGGAAGUCAAUGACAUCAAGAACGCUUUUGAGAGAGGUGAGGACCCACUGGCUGGGGACCAGAAUGAUCAUGACAUGGACUCUAUUGCUGGUGUACUGAAGCUGUACUUUAGAGGGUUGGACCACGCCCUCUUCCCUAAAGAAGUCUUCCAUGACCUCAUAUCCUGUGUCUCAAUGGAGAGCCUCCAGGAGCGGGCAGUCCACAUUAAGAAAGUUCUGCAGUCCCUGCCAAGUAAAACCCUUAUCAUCAUGAGAUACUUGUUUGCCUUCCUCAACCACCUGUCCCAAUACAGCGAGGACAACAUGAUGGACCCCUACAACCUGGCCAUCUGUUUCGGCCCCACCCUGAUGUCUGUCCCAGAGGGCCACGACCAGGUCUCUUGCCAGGCCCACGUCAACGAGCUCAUUAAAACUAUCAUCAUCCACCAUGACACCAUCUUUCCUGGGCCACAGGACCUGCAGGGCCCCAUCUACACCAUCCCUGGAGCAGGAGACGACUUCUGUGACAGUCCACACUGUGAGCCCCCCCUUGUGGAAGAGCCGGCGCCUGACACCGUCUCUGUCACCCACAACAGUGAAGAUGGCUCCUUGGCUGUUUCAGAGUCCGACCCGGUCGAAGCCAUCGCUCGGUUUGACUACACCGGACGAACCGCUCGGGAGCUUUCAUUCAAGAAAGGUGCCUCUCUGCUGCUGUACCAGCGAGCCUCUGAUGACUGGUGGGAGGGUCGGCACAAUGGAGUGGAUGGACUGGUGCCCCACCAGUACAUUGUGGUCCAAGACACGUCUGAUGUGGGACGGGGAAGUCCAAAACCUGAUGUGGACAGCAGGGAUCUGCUGGAGGAGAGAGUGUCCACUAGAGGCAGCGCUGCCUCUCCUACAGGAGCUCACGUGGCUGACAUCUAUCUGGCCAAUCUAAACAAGUUGAGGAAACGGCCGGAGCCCGGGAACAUCCGAAGACCGUUCCGCUCAGAAAGUGACACUACAAGUCCAGGAGCCAGUGGAGGGGGAGGAGGAGUGAGAACAGCUUCUCUUCCUGUUGGCAGCGUUCUGGUAAAAGAAGCAGGAGAUAAACGACCCGUCAGCGCUCACAGCAUCCUCAACUCUGUCACUCGCCACUCCUCACUCAAGACCAAGGUGGAGAGUCCACAGUUGCGAAAGACAACUUCAGCAGGACGCUCCAAGAGCUUCAGCAACCACAGACCACUGGACCCUGAGGUCAUAGGCCAGAUGGAGCACAGCUCACAGGACAUUGAGGCAACCAUGAGCUCUACCCUGAGUGAGCUCAGUAAGCUGGAAAGACAAGGCACCCCGAAGCAUACACACACCCCUGACGUGGUCCUGGACACACUGGAGCAGCUCAAAGGUGUUGGAGGUGGUGGAGGAGCUUCAGAGCCUUCUAGUCCACUUCACUCCCGUCUGCUGCGGGACAGCGAGGGGGGCUCCUCACAUGCCCAUCCACUUCAGCGCAGUGCCUCCUCAGCCAGCGACGUUCCCUCCUCCUUCCGCCCCGCCAAGAGCCAACCGCGGAGCCCCCUGCCCUCGGCCACGUCCCCCUCUCUGUCCUCCUCCUCUCUCUCCUCGUCUGUACCUUCCUUUAGAGAGCUGCGCCCCCCAGCUACAAGGCCCAAGCCGGUGGUGUUCCCAAAGAGUGGAGGAGGGAGCGGCAGUCCAGCGAUGGGCUCCCCGACCUCCACUGUUCCCCCUACGCCUCCUCCUCCCCCAGCGGGCCACACACACUCUCUCCCUCACACCCCUCCUCCCCCUCCGCCACCCCAGUCUAAUGACAAAUCCUGCCCGGCUUAGGUCACCUCAGUCUGAACCGUGAUACUCAUCCUUACUUAGAUUCUUACAGCUCUUCUACCAGGUGACAAAAGCACCACAUUUAUUUCACACAAGACCCCUAACCCACUACUCACAUGUAGCAUUCACUUGUUGGUGUCCGGGCCACUUCUGUCAAGAGUUUUUUCUGCUCUCUCCUGGCAGCUCUGCUUUACUACAGGUCAACUAUCACAGGCCGCAGACCCUUCAAAGACUUUUCUUUUUCUUGCCACCACAGAGAUUCCAGAGGUCGCUGGAUUUUAAAAUCUUUGACAAGGGAACAGGACUUAAGGUGGACACCUACAGAUCUAAAACACCUGGAGCUUACAUACACUAGUUUGUGAUGUAUGAAUUUGUGUUUGAGUGCUCGUGCAAGAGUGUUACUUGCCUUUACACACAGACGUACGUGAGGAACAAAAAAAAAAAAAAGCACUGUUUGAUUAUGUAUAGUAGACAUGACAGGAGUUUUUUUUUUCUUUUUAAUGACCCCAUGACUAGCAGACUGGAUGGGAGUGUUUGAUUUUUUUGAAUAGACUGUGAAAUGCUAAGCUCUCACUCUGUGUAGAACUGAAACACACUGACUUGCUGCUUCAGAAGUGGAAGACUGGAGUUAAAGGUGGACUUUUGGGAUGAUGAGAGAAACGAAAACUGGGCCAAAUAUCAGUGUAAGUCAUGUGAUCAAGAGCUUUACUUUAUCUCUUCCUCCAGUGUUUGAUAUGUUUGUGAUUUUUUUUUUUUUUUUUAAAUUGCCAUUUAAUACUAGUACCACAGCAGGAGCAUAACAUAUACCUAACAUGGCCAACAGUAAUUCUAAAUCCAUAUAUAGCAAUAAAAAUAAUGAAAGCUGGUAAUUUGUGGCAUUAUGCUGCUUUUCUCCUGCAGCUCUGUUAUGUGUGUAGGGGACCACUGAAACCCAGCAUUUUUAUAUUUAAUGUUGGACUGUACACACACAUGCACAUUUUUCCCCAAAUGUGUGUGUGGUGGUGUUUUGUGGCAGCUAAACGCCUUUUCAGGUUUUCCUUGCAUGCUGGGGCCAUAGACAGCAGCCACAAUAGCGAGCUGGCUGAUUGCAGUGCCAGCUACGAGACAACUUCAAACAAUGUCACAUCUUGCUCCUUUUAACUAUAUACUUCAGACUUAACGGUAAAAAAUAAAAGGGUUUCAUUAUUCUAAUAGUUUGUAUGUAUAUUUAAUAAUCAUGAUGAUAACUGGAAGCACGGAGCUGAGGAUCCUCCUGAGUGUGUUUAGAUAAAAGCACAACCAACCACCUCAUCUGAUGCGUUCUUAAGCAAAGUUUUCUUUAUGUUGUUUUUAAAUGUUUUUUUUUUCCCAGUUGAUGCUCAGAAUCUUUUAGGGCAAAACUUGUAGCCGUCUGGGUGUAUGCAUGUGUGUGCGUCUGUGAGCAUGCAUGGAAAGACAGCAAGUAUGCACCUCACCCAACCUCUGUCUACACAUCAGAAACGGAUGCCACCCAACAGAAACUGUGUGUAGAUGCACAGGAAAACUCUUAUCCCAUGAUCUGGAGUACUAGUAGCCUUAGUGUUGGGAAAAAAAUGCACUCUAUACAUGUGACCAGGUAAAAAUCCUGCAGGGAUACCUGAAAUGUCUUCAGUGGCAGACCAGCUUUAAGUCGAAAGAAGACGAGAAAACCCAAAUCUGACAUUUGUUUGGUAUUAUUUGCUAUUUCCAAAUUUAGGUCUAGUGGAGAAUUAAGAAAUAUGUGAAUAAUUUAGCAAACACUGAUUUAAGAAGUGGACACGUCAUUCAGGGUAAACUGAAUAAAGCCUUUUUUGUUGUAUUUCUUGAUAAAGUACUGAACUCACUUUACCCAGGUGUCCUAUCAAGCCUUUGCCCCUUCCCCAAAAAUACAGCACAUACUGCAUUCCUGUAUGCUCUCUUCCAGGUAAUGAAUCGUAAUUGUUAAGGGUUUUUUUUUUAAAAAAAAUCAGUAUACUGUUUGUGUAUUACCUGGUGUAUUUGUGUUGCUCUUACCUCAUCAUAACAACUGGAGGGACUGUGUGUGUGUGUUUUGUGGUUCAGAAACAUGAACUCACCUUAUCGACACACACACACUCAGACAUGCAUGUGGGUGGUUGGUAUGUUUUGUCCCGGUUGUGCUGUCGAGGGGAGCUGGGACCCUCUUCGAUCUCAAAUCAAUCGUCGUGCACUUGAACAACUUGGCUUGCAUGUGGACUAACUGUGUGGGGAUGAUAUGUUGGAGUUGAAUAUUGUUAAAUAUGCAUUUUUGUGUCCAUUUGAAAACAGCAGAACUAAAAAAAAAAAAAAAAGACUAAUGUCAAAUCUAUUUAUAGUUGUCUCUGUAUUACUGGAGAAUCCUGUGUCCAGAUGUACUUUGUAUAUACAAUGUUGUACAUUACAGAGGUACACUCUUUUUUUGGUACAAUAUUGUACAGUAAUAGCAAUAGUAGUUUAAUCAAAUAGGCCUUAUAUAAUUCUAUGUGUAGUUCUUGUAGUAGAUCUGUUUUUUUAAUAAACAUUGCUUGCUAUAAAGAUUC